AUGCAUCCGCAUUUGGCCAUCGUUGGUGCACCACCUUUCGCGAGAGGAACUGAUUUACCUGGUCAGGACCUCGAGCUACAGCUCGUUCGGGCGUUCCCGAGUUGUGCGCUCUUCAUAGAGAAACCGGUAAGUAGUGGGCCGGAAGAUGCAUGCUGGCGAGUGGCUGCGGAACUAGAGGGACGAGGAACGCUUGUUGGAGUGGGGUACAUGCUGAGAUACUCCAAAGCUGUCCAAACGAUGAAGAAAAUAAUCGAGGAUCAUAACAUUGCCGUUAUGGGUACCAAUGCGAGAUAUGUGAUGGCAUACGAGUAUGCCAGAAAGCCGUCAUGGUGGGACAAAACUUCGUCAGGGGGUCCGAUUGUUGAGCAAGCAACUCACUUCUGUGACCUCUCGCGCUAUUUCGGCGGAGAUGUCUCCCUCGCCUCCGUCUCCGCACACACGGUCGAGCAUGACGACGCUCCAGGUCACCUCUCUGCAAAACGCUUUGACGAAGAGCCCAUUCCCCCGGAGAACCGCCUUCCCCGCUUAACGAGUGCGACGUGGAAGUACAAGAGUGGUGCCGUAGGGACUCUGACGCAUGUCAUCGCACUGCAUGGAACGACGUAUGACACGGAGUUCGAAGUCUAUGCGGACGGGUAUCGCCUGAAGCUUGUUGAUCCGUACGAUGCGCCAGUGCUGUACGUGCGCAGGCCCGGCGCUGCUGCAGAAGAUGUCUAUUCCUUCACUGGGGACGAUCCAUUCUUUACCGAACUUUCUACUUUUAUAGAUGUUGUUGAGGAUUCGCAAUCGCACACAAGAGCGUGCAUCCUGAGCACGUACGCAGACGCCGUCCAAACUUAUGAAUUUACAUGGCGCAUUCGCCGUGCUGGAGAGAUGUCUACAGCAGAAAAGCGGGCCGCGCAGCACAGUAAAUAG